CUUAAAUACAGAGAAAAAAAAAAGCUAAAAAAUGACCAUACAACAAUUUAUCGGUGCUAUUGAUCAGGGCACAACUUCAACAAGAUUCGUUAUAUUUGACCAAGAUGGCAAACUGUUAACCUAUCAUCAAAUGGAAUUUGAACAGCAUUACAGACACCCAGGUUGGGUGGAACAUGACCCCUAUGAUAUACUGGCUUCCGUUGACACAUGUAUUGAGCAUGCGGUGCGAAAACUCUCUCUGUUGGGCUAUGAGGCCUCCUGCAUUCAAUGCGUGGGUAUCACAAACCAACGUGAAACAGCUGUAGUCUGGGACAGUCAGACUGGGCAACCUUUGUGUCCAGCCAUCGUCUGGAGCGACAAUCGAACGGCUCAUACUGUACAGGAACUGGCUAAUCAAAAAGAUAAAACCCAAGGCAUCAAUGCUCUUUUACCCAUCUGUGGCUUACCACUGACCACUUAUUUCUCGGCAGUCAAGUUAAAGUGGAUGAUUGAACAUGAGCCUGCUGUAAAAGAAGCCUAUGAAAAUAAUCGAUUACAAUUUGGUACUGUUGAUACUUGGCUGAUUUAUAAUUUAACAGGUGGCGUCAAGAAUGACGGUGUUUUGGUAACAGAUGUUACGAAUGCUAGUAGAACUAUGCUCAUGGAUAUUCAUACUUUGGAAUGGAGUCAAAAAGCCAUCGACUUUUUCGGAUUCUCCAAGUUACACUUGGCUAAAAUCGUACCCUCAUCUAGUGUCUAUGGUAAGAUCCAUUCAGGAUCCCUUCAAAAUAUACCUAUAUCCGGAUGUCUCGGAGAUCAGCAGAGUGCAUUGGUCGGACAAAAGUGUUUUCACGUUGGUGAGGCCAAGAAUACAUACGGCACAGGAUGUUUCAUGCUUUUCAACACCGGAGACAAACCUGUCAUUUCCAAGAACGGUUUAUUGACUACUGUAGCCUAUCAACUAGGGAACGAUAAACCCAUGUAUGCUUUAGAAGGUUCUGUAGCGGUUGCAGGAUCCUCAAUCCAAUGGUUACGAGACAACUUGGGUAUCAUCAAUGAAAGUAAAGAUAUCAGCACUCUCUCCGAAAAAGUAAAAGAUACAGCAGGUGUUUAUUUUGUUACCGCUUUUAGUGGAUUGUUUGCUCCUUACUGGCGUGACGAUGCUAGAGGUACAAUUUGUGGAUUAACACAAUACACAAAACGUGAACAUAUUGCUCGAGCAACUCUGGAAGCUGUUUGUUAUCAAUCACGCGCUAUUUUGGAAGCCAUGAAUAAAGAUGCUGGUCACCCUCUUAAGUCACUCAAGGUAGAUGGUGGUGUUUCCAAUUCGGAUGUUUGUAUGCAAAUCCAAGCAGAUGUCUUGAAUAUCCAGGUACAUCGACCCCAGAUGAGAGAGACAACCGCAUUAGGUGCUGCAAUUGCUGCUGGUCUUGCUAUGGGCGUUUGGAAGAGCGUAGAAGAUCUUCAAGGGGUUAACACUGAAGGAAAAACUGUUUUUGAAUCGAAAAUCACGGAUGAAAAGCGAGAACAAAUGUAUCAUGGUUGGAAGGAAGCUGUGAAACGAUCAUUUGGAUGGGCUGAUGUUGUGGGAGAUCAAGAUGAUGCUUAAAUUAUAUAUAUGCAUUUAUACAUAUACCUCUAUUAUACUUUAUUACUUAAUAAAUAAUUAUAUGAUUUAUAACUCUA